AUCCGCGAACAUUGCCUGACGUGUGGAAGAGUGGGGAUAUCCGCGACGUCACUCGAAAGAAAUAUGGUGAGCGCGAGAUAGCGAAGCUGUCAGUCGCGGUUGAUUUUCGUCGAUUUCGCCGUCACUAUUUGCGAUAAAAACGCGCGGCGCGAUGAUUUGAUUCGCCGUAAGUUCGAGGCGACGGCCGGUACACGCGAAAAUGGUCUCCGAGGAAUUUAUCAAAUCCGAAUACCCCUUACAUUGGCUGGUGUGGCACAACGAAUACAAACUGUUAGAAAAGGCUCUGGCCACGAAGGAGCACGACAAGGAGAAAAAUGACAACCGGGGCAGGACACCACUUAUGUUGGCGGUCACAUUGGGCCACCUUGAAUCCACACGCACCCUGUUAAAUGCCGAAGCUAACGUCAAUUGCGAAAAUAACGACGGCUGGAACGUGGUUCAGGAGGCGGUUGCCACUGGUGAUCCCGAAUUGGUACACAUCGUUUUGGAACGUAGAGACUUACAGCGGUACACGAACCGUAUGGCCGGGAUACCGGGUCUCCUGCAGAAGCUGAAGGAAGCGCCUGAUUUUUAUGUUGAAAUGAAAUGGGAGUUUACGAGUUGGGUGCCCCUCGUGCCUCGCAUGUGCCCCAGCGACACCUACAAGGUUUACAAGCAAGGCUCCAAUGUGCGGAUUGACACCACCCUGCUUGGUUUUGAUCACACAAGCUGGCAACGCGGCAACCGCAGCUACGUCUUCCAGGGGCAAAGUUAUUUGCAGUUUUGCCCGGCCUUAAGGGGGUACAAAAGCUAUGUCUACCGACUGAUAUCCUCAGGCAAUGGCGAUGAUGGCGCGACAAUGAUGGAGAUUGACCACGAUCUACGUCAGGUGUACUGUGAGGAGAUGCGGAGCAGCGACGAAACUUUAGGCGUGCUACUGCCAAACGAGGAGACAGUGUCGCAGCGCUUGACCACGCCCAUCAUUACGACGUACGUGGAUACUGACAAAAUCAGUUUCGAGCGGAACAAAGCCGGCAUUUGGGGCUGGCGGUCAGACAAGAACGAGAAUGUCAACGGGCACGACUGCAAAGUGUUCAGCGCGACCAAUGUCGAACUGGUGACGAAAACUAGAACGGAACAUUUGACAGAGACCGACAAGGCGCGAAGCAGACACAGCAAGACGCCCCUGCAGAAUUUCCUCGGGAUCGCGGAGGUGGGCGAGAGCGCUGGGAGCGCUGGCCUCGCGCAGAACGAGGAGUACACUAGCAGCACGAACCCGAGCAACAUCACGCCCGAGGAGUACUUCGAUGGCGACUUCGACCUCGGCAAUCGAGACAUUGGCCGGCCUAAGGAGACGAGCGUCAAAAUACAGAAAUUCAAAGCGAAUCUGUGGCUCUGCGAAGACUACCCGCUGUCCCUGCCCGAGCAGAUCCUCCCCAUCGUCGAUCUGAUGGCCAUAUCCAGCUCCCACUUCGCCAAGUUGAAGGAUUUUAUCCAGAUGCAGCUGCCGUCGGGCUUUCCCGUUAAAAUCGAAAUACCGCUCUUUCACGUGCUAAACGCGCGUAUCACGUUCGGUAACAUCUUCGCGACGGACGGCCCCGUACCGAAGGUGUCCACUGUACAGGAGGAGGACAGGCUUGCGUGCGUGCUCGACGACUCGCUGUUCCUUCGUCCCGCCCACUACACUCAGAUUGGUAAUGGUGUCGACGCGCGCCGUCAGUUUAGCAUGGAGGAGGAGGACGACUUACUGCAGUUCGCUAUCCAGCAAAGUCUCGUCGACUCGGGCACUGAACGUGAGGAGGUAGACAUCUGGGAGGCGCUCCGCGCUCAAAGACCAUCGAGACCGGACACGCCCAAUACAGAGGAGCGCGAACUGCAAAGAGCGAUCCAGGCCAGUCUAGAGCAAUACCAGGGCCCGCCUCCUGCGGCCACCAACGUCGACCCCGACAUCGACUAUGAUCUUCAAAUGGCGCUCGAAGUGUCUGAGCGCGAGCGGGAGCUGGAGGAGCGCCGGCGCAAGGAACGUGAAGAGGAAAUGAUGCGAGACGAGGAGAAGAUGCUCGAACGCGCCCUCGAGCUCUCAUUGACGGAAAAAUAGGCGCAGAGAAAAGAGUGAUAAUUCGCAUUUUAAUUUUCUUCCGCCCUAGAAGCCUCUGCGUGCGGCUUUUGUCUCGCGGCUACGCCUACGCGCUCGGUCGUGGGCGCGAAUACUUCGAUAUAUUCAUUCGAUUCGUUUCCCCUUAUUAUAUAUUUUAUUUACGAAAAUUGUGAUUAACCUUGUUUUUCUAUAUAAGGAUUACAUCGACUUAAAAUGAAAAAAAAUAAAUAUUUAAAUGUG